UGUUUCCAAUGUUAACAUGGGAAUCUGUCGUCUCACUCUCUCUUGGCUCGGCAGUGUGCUUCUGUCUUUAUCCAUGUUUGACACUGCAAUUUGACCAUAGUUUGACACUAGCUUAUUAAUACAACAUAGGAUUGUUGAUUGAGUAAAUUUGUUGUUAAUUUAGCAAAUUGAAUUAGUUCCUUAAUGACUUCUGGCAAAGAAACCAUGGGUGAGCAGCCGAUUUUCACCUGCAAGGCUCACGUAUUCCACAUUGAUCCGAAGACAAAGAGGUCUUGGAUGCCCGCCUCGAGUACGGCCGUAAGCGUGUCGUUCUUCUACGACUCGUCACGUAGCCUCUACAGAAUCAUCAGCGUUGAGGGCCAAAAGGCGGUCAUCAACAGCACAGUCACUCCAAACAUGACGUUCACCAAAACCUCCCAGAAGUUCGGCCAAUGGUCGGAUGUGCGAGCAAACACCGUCUACGGAUUGGGCUUUUCCUCAGAGGCCGAAUUGCAGAAGUUCAUUGAUAAGUUCAAUGAGGUGAAAGAGGCCACUCGCUCAGCAAUAAGCAAAGUGACUGCGAAUGGGGGCUCGGCAGUGACGCCCGUUACCAGCGCCAACGCGAGUCCCAUCAAUGCCCGCGCCGCCGGCACUGUUCAGGAGAACGCGGAUAAUCUGCUCGAACCUCCAGUCGCUCUUGGUUUAGGCAGCGCCGCACUUCCCAACUCCAGCCCAAAGCCAGAACCGGAGGAAAUCGUGCAUGGGCGCAGCCACUCCCUAUCGGGAAUCCAAAGCUCCGACAGUCCCAGCCAUCAGCUCAAAAUGGACAAGGCCACCUACGGAAGCACUGGCAGCAAUUCGGAAAUGCAAUUGAAGUAUGAAAACGAUCGCCUCAAGCUGGCUCUAGCGCAAAGUUCUGCCAAUGCCAAAAAAUGGGAAAUUGAGCUCACUACGCUGAAGAGCAACAACGCCCGUCUCACCAGCGCCCUCCAGGAAAGCACGGCCAAUGUGGAGGAGUGGAAGCGCCAACUAGCCAGCCUCAAAGAGGAAAACAUGCGCAUGAAGGCCAAGUACCAGAACGACUUGGAGAACAGCAAAGGUGGAGGAGAAUUAGGCGACGAACUGCGCAAAGAAAUCCAAUCGCUGCGGAUAAAAGUCGAACAGCUCGAAAUGGAGCUGCAGAAUAAAAACGAGGAAAUCAAAAAGCUGAGCUCGGGCGGCCGGUUGCCGGACAUUCAGGCUUUGCAAAAGGAUAAUCAGGAACUGCAGGCCACCGUGAAAUUGACGCAAUCCGAACUGGACAUCGCACUGAGCGCCCACGAGUCUCAGAAGCAAAUCCUGCUCACGCUCAAUCAGCAAUUCGCAGCCCGAAUACAUGAACUGGUGACCAUACACGACGAGAUGGCCACCGCCCUGCAAACCUGAAACGCCUUCAUGAAGGGCUAGAAACAAAUUGGUAAGUGGGGUACGUGUAUGGACGGUUCGUUGUCUAGAAUCGCUGUGAAUAUGGCUUUAGAUUAUUUAAGUAUUAUCAGCAGUAGUAUUAAUUGAUAUUUAAUUGUCGGCCUUGCCGAACAGUAUAUUCAGCCAAUAUUUAAAUGUAUAAGUCGAGUAGUUAUCUCCCUUGAUUGUUUCAAUCCUAAACGUACUGUAUAUUGGGCUUGAUCCAAGCGCAGUUAUUAUUCUCUUGGAGCAGGCGGGCUUUAACCAACGUUAAAUUGGCUGCAAGUAGAAACUAUUGAAGCUAUUGGGAAAUUCAAACCCGUAAUUGAACUGUCUCGGUUAGAAUUCCUUAAUUUCAUAUGGAUUUAUGUACAGUAGAUGUUAGUAGCGGCUUGAUAAAGCGAGCACCGUUCACGUGGGAACCUGCUUCGAAUUGACUGAUUUACUAAGAAAGGCGGCAGGUAUGAACUAUUGCGCAAUUAUUACUGGAAAGUUCUCAUCGAAAACCAUUUAAAUUUACUUGAUAUUUACACCUACAGCAGCGUGUUUCUAAAUAGGAUCAUGUGCAAAGCACGAGAUUUCUACAGGGUGCUACCCGCCCUGUAUAUUUCUUCUGAGCCCCGGUAUCUACCAUAAAACUGUUCACAUGAUUAGUAUUGUUUGCCCGAUUUGCGUUGAUUUAAUUGAUGGUUUGAUGUUUAGUGAUGUAAACCGAGUUGCAAUAGUGUAUAUUGAUACCAUACAGGGUGGAGAAAACAAUAUGUAUUGCGAUUGCAAGAGGGUGGCUUCACAUUCAGCAGGUCGUAACUUUUGACGGCCUGUUUAAUGUGGGUGUGAUGUUUCAGCAUUAGCAUAGAGCUGGUUUGUUUUAGACUGUUUGUACAUUUGAUUCUCUUUGUGCUAUAUUAGCAUCGAUUUACAGAGUUUUCAUGUUUGAUUUUUUACAUUUUUUUUAAAUAAUACAGUUUGUUUACCAGA